AUGACAGAUCAAAGUCUCAAUGUUGUAGAACUGAGUAAAUUGAGCAGUGAAAUACUUAGGCAAGAACAUAAAAAUAUAAAACAACCAAUGGAAAUGAAUGGAUAUCAAAAAACCAUUACAAAGCAGUAUGACUUGCAUGCUGCAAUGCGUCAAAAACUCCUAUGUAAGAGUGAAACAAUUUAUAAGAAAGAACUGAUAGGAAAUGUGAGAAAUUUGGCAAUAAAACUGCGUAAUUGCACUCUGUUCAGGUUAAACUUCAUUUUAAUUAUUUGGAUCUCAACAAUGCACCUGUGGGGGUGUUACCCAACUGUCCCUUCUACGCUGUCCAGGAAAUCUGAUUACUGUCUCAUCCUGCUGAAUAGCUGCUUAGCCAAGCUGGACAGGAGUGAAGAACUGACUUUUCUAAAACCUUUCGUGGAGAAGUCUUUCAUUAAAAGGUCCUUUUGCAAUGGAGUUGGAUCAGGAAUUAAAAAAAACUUCCUUUCAAAGAGCAAAGUAAUAAAUAACUGUUCAAGAAAGUAUCCUCAACUUUAGCAUCUAACAUUUAACUGUGAAGUUAAAAUAAUUUGCAAUGUAUUUCUGUGAUAAAACCAAAAGAGACAAAUGUAUCAGCACGUUCAUAAUGUAAACAGAUGUUUAUUUCAAAUAGUGCAAGCCAAGUGAAGCAGAUCAAAUUGUUCAGUACAGGCAUUGUUUUCAAAGUUACAAUAUCAUAUAGUUUUGUAUUGAUAUAAAUAUGUUUUCAGCUGGUUAAUUCCCCGUUUGUAAGACUGCAGAUUUAAUCAAAUUGCUCUUGAUUAACACAAAAAUAGUUUUCAGAGUAACAGCCGUGUUAGUCUGUAUUCGCAAAAAGAAAAGGAGUACUUGUGGCACCUUA